AUGGCGGAAGUGCUUUCUGUUCAGGAGAAUCCCGCCAAUGCCUUUCAGAACAUCGCCGGAGAUGCCGAUGUUCCAGAAAGGUUGGCCGUCAUCAUUGGGAACAAGUGGAAGAAUGGCAGGACGUUGAAGGUCAAAAUCCUCAACGGCUCGGACCUGGUCAAGCGAAGAAUCAAGCAAUACGCAAGUCUGUGGACGCAGUAUGCCAACAUCAAGUUCCAAUUCGUCGACUCGGGAAAUGCUGAGAUCCGCAUCAACACUGACCCGAGCCGUGCCAAAGGCUCGUGGUCAUAUUCGGGUACACAGUGUCUUGGCAUUCCCCAAGACAGGCAGACGAUGAAUUUUAGCUGGCUCGACGACCUUACUACCGAAACUGAGUCUGAACGAGUGAUUGUCCACGAGUUCGGGCAUGCCCUUGGAUGUAUCCAUGAGCACCAGUCACCAAAGGCUGGGAUCAAGUGGAAAAUCCCUGAAGUGUAUGAUUACUUUUUUACGACCCAGGGCUGGAAUAAGGCGACAGUCGACCUGAACGUCGUCAACUUUUACUCGGCGAGUAUGACCAAUUCUUCGUCGUAUGACCCGAAAUCUAUCAUGAUCUACCACAUUCCGAAAGGUCUUGCAGAAAAUGGAUUUUCUACGGCAUCGAAUGAAAAGCUUUCUGAGCUGGACAAGAAAUUCAUUGCCAAAGUAUAUCCCGGCAAGGCUGCCGACACUGAGUUCUUCAGCACACUGGAGUUGCGUCCGUCGGACCGACCCCAGAAAGAAGCCUCCAUGCGAAAGCAGUUUCCCAGGACCUACAAGAGCCCGCCAUCCCUGGCCGUCGGUCUCAACUCGCUUGACGUGUCAAAAGACUUCAACAUUCGCGUCAAAGCAUUCGCUGACAACGUCACCAAAUCGUCGGCGGAAUUCCACCUCGAUACCUGGGCGGAUUCGAUACUUCACUCGGCUAGUUGCACUUGGUUCCGAAAGCCUUCCGACGACAAGGAGUUCCAGAUUGGGAAAUUCAACACCCUCGCCGACCACUCCUGGGACACUCCCAAGGCAAAGACGUCGCACCAGGUCAAGUUCAAGCAUCCAUACAAGGCCCCACCAAAGGUCGUUGUCUGGUUGAAUCAGUUGGACCUUGCCAAAGGCACGAACUGGCGAGUCGCCGCAACUGCUACGGACAUCACCGCUAUAGGCUUCAAGCUCAAUCUCGAGUCGUGGUCUGACACUAUCAUGCACUCGGCCGGCGCUGCAUGGAUUGCCUAUCCUGUGGACCGAAAGGGGGUGGUAAGCGGAACUUUCAGCACUCUCGAAACCCGACCAGCGGACAAGCCGAAGUUGGCAAACUCGGGGAGGGAGAAUUUCCUUGCUGGAACCUUCCAAAGGAAUCCAAAAGUUUUGUUUGCUUUCAAUAGCAUCGACAUUGACUGUCGGAAGAAUUUGAGGGUGAAGUUGGGUGCUACUUCGGUGUCACCAGGGGGGAUGAAGUGGCACAUCAACGCCUGGGCUGACACCAUAUUGUACUCUGCCGGGGCCAGUUACAUUGCAUUCAAUAGUUAG